CUUUCCCGCUUUUUUGGUUCAGAAUCUAGAGGGCAGGGCUUGGGCUGUGAACUUAUAUCACUGGGGAUUGAAAAAAAGCGGCCUCUUCUCUGUUAUUUUUUGCACUUUUUCAAGUUGAAAGCAACCACUUCGGGAAUUUUUACCCGUGGCGUUUCAUGUUCAAAAGUGUGCUUUUUUGAUUUAUCCAGCCAUUUACUCCACGCCUCAAAAAUCGGCUGGCUCUGCUUGCCCAGUAUUCUCUUCGCAGAUCUCCACGGAAUUCUCACCGCGUUGGAGAUGGUGUCGAAGCGGGGCGAAAAUAAUAACGGCGAAGGCCGUCAUCAAAGUGUAAACGAAAGUCCGCUGCUAGCGAUUGAAAACCCGGAAACACGAACAACGGUCUUUGGAGAGUUUUCUACUCAGCAAGAUGAUGCUGGUCGCUUGCGUAUGACGCCGAAGCUUCCCCUUCUUACUGACAGUAGUAACUCGAUUGCGAUGCUGGAAAAUUAUUUCCGCUUCGGGUUUCGGCUGCAAUACGAAAAGCAGAGGCAUUCUGGCGAAGCGAGCUGGUACGAGCAAAGUAUUCUAUCAGGUUCUUUCAGGCUACGCAGACAUCAACUGCCGCUGCAGCGGAGCAGAGCGCCGAGGAUUCAUCGGCAGCCUUCUUUGCUUCCUCGAAAAAAGGACUUCUAGCCUAUCGCACUAUUCUGAAAGCGAUUGCGGACGAAUGGCAGUAUCUGUACAACGUAGGGAAUCUGGCGAUUGUUUUUCACUGGGUGCGUGCGCAUUCCGGUUUCCUUCCCAACGAGUUGGUCGACACCGCGGCUGCCAAACUGAGGUCGGAAGCAAGCGGGCGUGCCCAGAGAGUUCACGCAGAAGACGAGGAAGCGACGCCGCUAUCCUGUCAGCAGUUUCGCGAACGGUGGGAACCAGGAGACAAAGCUCUUCGAGAGUCGAUGCUGGUCUAGCCCUCUUCUGCAGAUGGCAGUGCCACUACCCCGGAAACGA